GCAGCCGUAAAUGCACUACUUCCGAUGAAUUUUCGAUAACUUUAUCUAAAAGAUAAGACAUAUCUCUUUGAAUAUCUUUAUUCAAAGAAUAGCUAUCAGGAGGUGGGAAAAUCGGGCCUUAGAAUUAGAAGCUUUGUAUAAAAUUGAUUACAGCUUACGUUAAUUGCUUAUAUUAAUUCAAUAUUGUGUGAGUAAUUAUUUACUUUAACUAUCUCACUACAAAUUCUGAUAAACUUAUCCAACAAAACGUGGUCAUCUAUCUGACAAAGAUGGGAAAAAGAAGAAAUAUCCAACUUUCACCAAUACCAGAUCGAAUAAAAAUGGAAAUAAAAGAUGAAAUAGGUGAUAGUGAUGUCCUUGUAGCAAGAGAUCGCUUAAAAGGUGCUCUUCGAGAAUUGUUACAGCAUAGUGACACAGGCUCAUCAGCAGACUCAAGUGAAGAAUGUUCUACUCAGGAUUAUAAACAUCCAAUGAAAAAAAUGACAAAAUCUGUUAUUUCUCAACAACCACAACGAAAAAUCAGACGUCGCCGACAAAUGCAGGCUGACACAACAUAUCAUCAUACUUAUGUGAUGAAAUUAUUUGAUCGUAGUGUUGAUUUAGGUCAAUUUCAAGAAGAAAUGCCACUUUAUCCUAUUUGUCGUGCUUGGGUAGUCAGUCAUCCAAAAAAUCCUAAUGUGCUUCUUAAAAUGAGUUCAAAUCCAGAAGCUUCUAAUGAAAGUAUAGGAGGCAAUGGUCUUAGUGGAGAGAUAAAUGAAGUCCAUUAUUUGCCACCUCCUUUGCCUUCUGAAGAAGAAAUAUCCAGAAAUCGCAUUCCAUCUCCUAUACUUGAAGAGAAAGAUGAUCUAAACUUGGAUUAUGAAGGACAAAUUCUCAAAUCGCAAGAAGAGUUGUUAAAGGAACACAGUGCUCGAUGGAAUGCUAUUCGCAAAAAAUGGCAUCAGCAAGCACAGAAGAAUGAACAACGCUAUAUACAAAGCGCUACUAUACUUAAUAGUAUUUUUUAUGUUGAUUAAUAUAUUGUGUUUACUGUA